AUUUAUUAUAAUUUUAAUAUUUUAAUGAUCAUAUUCAUUUUUAGUUUAAUAUAUUUUAAAUUCAUAGGAGAUACUUUCAAUUUGCAAUGAGUAUGUUGUAAUAUUUGGACUAAGUUGAACUUGACCGAUAAUGAGCCGUUCCAAUAACUCCCUCUUUGCUCAACCUUAACCCUUUAUAUAAUUGAUUCUCCAAGCAUCUUUUUUUAAUGUUUGAUUCCUACAAGACAAAUCACCAAAGAUUCUUGAGUUAACAUAAGCAGAUGCCACACGAUACCAUUCUUCCUCUCGACAGAAAAAGAAUAACUCACUCGUCGAGGCUUCUUCUUACCUCGUUUUGAAAACUUGUGCACGUAUGUAAGUAUAAAUGAAUAUGUUUAAACUCUAAUCCUGAAAAGACUAAAUUUCACGUUAAAACAUGACAUCUGAGUAUCGUCCAAGAAUUAUUGUGAAUGGAACAAGAAGAACAAGAACGUUCCAUUACUUCUAUUGCCGUCAUUGCAGCCGCACCAUUAGGCUCCGAAACUAUGGUCUAUAUGGUCCUAUAUGUCCUCUCUGUUCUAGAGAGAUCAAUCUCCACGAUGAGCUUGACAUUAUGAGGCUAAACCGGCCUUAUUGGGAUACCGAUACCGAUUGGAUCACUCUCCAUCUUGUCAACUCAACAAGAAGCAACCGGCACAAUCAUGAACUAGUUAAUACCGAUGAUGAGUUCGCUGACGUCUUGCCUAACGAACGUGUCGGUCCACCACCGGCCUCUCCAUCCGCCAUUGAGGCUGUAAAUACGGUGACGAUCUCGGAAGAAAAUUUGGCAAAAGAGAAGGUUUGUGCGAUAUGCAAGGAGGAGUUUGAAGUUGGAGAGGAAGGAAAAGAGUUGAAAUGUUUGCAUUUGUACCAUCCAAGCUGCAUUGUGUCUUGGUUGAAUAUUCAUAAUACUUGUCCCAUUUGUCGCUUUGCGGUUAACUUAGGCGUUUCCCAUAGUCACGUUGAUGGAGAAGGGUCUAACAACCUCGGCAAUGGUCGAUCAAAUCGCAUUCGAACUAGGGUUUGUUCUUUGUGGCCUCUCCGAAUGAUGUUUGAUUGGGUACAUAAUCUCCUCGAAAUAUUGCAGAUGUAAGAAUAACAAACACUUGAAAAACAUCAAAGAUAUUGCGAACAAGAAUAUUGUAUGAAAAUAGUAAUUAUAUAUAGACUAAAAUUAGGUUAAUUAUGAGAGACUGGAGUAAAUAUAUACGUCAAGAAGAAAAUAAAAUUAAGAGGCAACGAGGAUUAAAGGCGAAAAGAGGCGUUUAUAGAUUUUUCGUGAAACAAAACUCUGACUAUAUUUUAUGUAAAUAUCAUCAAAUUAUUAUCAUCGAUUCCUUUGGAAGUUGUACGUAACUCGUGUAAAUAAAAUUAAGAAUUGUGGUGAAAA